AUGGCCACCCCGCCCGUCCAGUCGAUCAAGUGCGUUGUCACAGGUGAUGGUGCCGUCGGCAAGACAUGUCUGCUCAUCUCCUACACAACAAAUGCUUUCCCCGGCGAAUACAUCCCCACGGUAUUCGACAACUACUCUGCGAGCGUAACUGUUGAUGGAAGGCCCAUCAGCUUGGGGUUGUGGGAUACGGCCGGUCAAGAAGAUUACGACAGAUUGCGGCCUCUCUCAUACCCCCAGACCGAUGUUUUCCUCAUCUGCUUCUCCCUCGUCAGCCCUCCUUCGUUUGACAACGUGAAGGCCAAGUGGUGGCCCGAAAUCGGACAUCACGCUCCCAAUAUUCCCAUUGUGCUGGUUGGCACCAAGCUGGACGCCAGAGAUGACCCUAAUACGCUCAAGACAAUGGCCGAGAAGCGGUGGUCGCCUAUUACCUAUCCCAUGGGAUUGGCCCUUGCCAAGGAGAUUGGAGCUUACAAGUACGCCGAAUGCUCUGCCUUGACACAGAUGGGUCUCAAGACCGUCUUUGACUAUGCCAUCAGAGCCGUCAUUGAGCCCAAGGCUGCUCCUCAGACGAAGAAGAAGUCGUCCAAGUGCACGCUCCUCUAAUAACCUUGUUUUCUCGUCUUCAAUUCGAAAAAAAAAAAAAAGCAAAAGGAAGUGCUUCUUACUAAUCGCUACGACGACGAACGAUUGUUUUCCGUAAUGCAAACCAUACAAUCACACACACACACACACACACACACACCAUCUAUACCCGACGACAUAUGCCUGCGCCUGCUAUUUGGCUUCAACCUCCAUAGUACAACCCCAAUAACACCUUUUUCAAACCAUUCCCGGGGUCGCUUCGCGUGUGGAUGAAGUAUGACGUGUAGUUCGGGGGUUACACCGUACCUUUAGUAUGGGAUACCCUGCAAGAUUUGAGGCUUGACUAGACGGAAGAAGGGAUGAAGGCAGUCAUGCAAGGUACGAAGAUACCUAGGCUGUUUGAAUCAACCUUUUUCUGGCUUUAUGGCCGCAGAUAUUGUAUUGGGGGUAUACAAGAGUGUCGAGUAAUCAGGCACAUGUCGCUCUCAACGAACUCUCACGUUUUUGUGUUUCCUCCACACGCUGGCGAUCCUACCCAACCGUCAAUAAUCUAGGGGUUGUUACUAGGGCUUUUUCCGUUGCUUCUCGUUUCUUUUUAUUAUUUUCUGUAGAUAGCUGGGUUGGGGAGGGAGG